AUGGGAGUGAUACCUAAAUACCUAGCAGGAGGCGCGCGGUUGCUUGUGUCAUCGGACGGGAGUGGUGAGGAAGGUCUAGAGGUGCACUACACUGACCAACGCACAAAAGGACAGCGUUUGCCACUCGAUCCGCAAGUGCUGGGUGUACCAGUGGAUAUGGCAACAUCGCCUGUGGAUCCCUAUGCGGCUAUAGUAAACCACAGAAACGAGCUUCUUCUGCUGAACUUGACCACCAACAAGCUUGUCACAGUGGACGUAUGCACAGACACCGAGCCGAUGUGUGGCUUGGCGUUUUCGCCGUGUGGCAGUUGGUUAGCGUACGAGUACAGGACAGGCAGACGCAUGUCUGUUAUCCGCGUGUGCGAUGUACGGUCUGGGAAGUGUGUGGAUGUGACGCAGGGUAAUCACAUGGACGUUAGCCCGGCGUGGGAUCCCCAAGGCUGCUACCUCUACUUCAUCUCUAGUCGUGACUAUGAGCCCUACCAGGACGAGCUUCACGAGGUGGGCAUGGGAUUCACUAAAGCGCAGAAACCGUACCUAAUUACGCUGCGUGCGGAUGUGUCCAAUCCGUUGCUGCCCGAUCUCAGACCGCCAGGCGAUGACGAUGAUGAAACCGAAGAAGAGGAAGAGGAUGAGGAGCAGGAAGAAGAAGAGAGUGCUGAAGAAGAAUCAGAAACCGACGACGCGCCUUCGGAUGAGAAAGCUCGCAAGGCACAACGAGAUGCGUGGUACGAGGGGAUCAAGGAAAGCUCUCGGCCUAAGCCAAUCAAAAUCAACUUUAAAGGAAUCCGCCAGCGAAUCAUAGCGCUCCCCGUGCCCAUCCGAAGGUACGGUCAACUCGUGGGGCUGAAGAACAAAUGUCUCAUGUACACGUCAUUCGGCGAGUCAAACCGUCCAAUAGGAUUCGAUGAUGACAGUGACGACGAAUGUGGAG